AGGAGUAUGGAUCUCAGAUAUAAAAUCUUUACUUGUGAAUAGCUUUAAUCUAAAAUAUACCAUGCUGGGUGCUGAUAUUCUUAUUUCGUUUUUUCUGUUUCUUUUCUUUCUUCAAAAGAUGUCCAAGUGACAUAGAACCACAAAAUUCAACCUGUGUCUUGGAAUUUCUCCUUAUGGGUCUCUCUGAGGAUCCAGACCUGCAGCCCCUCCUGUUUGGGCUGUUCCUGUCCAUGUACCUGGUCACAGUGCUUGGAAACCUGCUCAUCAACCUGGCUGUCAGCUCUGACUCCCACCUGCACACCCCCAUGUACUUCUUCCUCUGCAACCUGUCCUUGGCUGACAUCAGUUUCACCUCAACUACAGUCCCCAAGAUGAUAAUGGACAUCCACACUCACAGCAGAUCCAUCUCCACUGUGGGCUGCCUCACUCAGAUGUCCUUUUUUAUGCUUUUUGGAUGUCUGGAUAGUCUGCUUCUGACCGCAAUGGCCUAUGACAGGUUUGUUGCCAUCUGUCAUCCCCUGCACUACAAGGUCAUGAUGAGCCCACGUCUUUGUGGCUUGUUGGUUUUCAUUUCAUUUCUCAUCAGCGUUUCAGUCUCUCAGCUUCACAAUUCAAUGGUGUUACAACUUACCUACUUCAAGAAUGUAGAAAUCUCUCAUUUCUUCUGCGAUCCUUCUCAGCUCCUCAGCCUUGCCUGUUCCGACACCUUCAUCAAUAACAUGAUCAUGUAUAUUGUUGGAGCCAUCUCUGGUUUCCUUCCUAUCUUAGGGAUCCUCUUCUCUUACUAUAAAAUUGUUUCCUCCAUUCUGAGAGUCCCAUCGCAAGGUGGGAGGUAUAAAGCCUUCUCCACCUGUGGCACUCACCUGUCUGUGGUUUGCUUAUUUUAUGGAACAGGUCUUGGGGUGUAUCUGAGUUCAGCUGUUUCACUUUCUCCCAGGAAGUGUGCAGUGGCCUCAGUGGUGUACACUGUGGUCACCCCCAUGCUCAACCCCUUCAUCUACAGCCUGAGGAACAAAGAUAUCAAGAGGGCCAUGUGGAGGCUCCUCAGCAAAACAGUCUCAUCUCAGUCCCUGUGCCACCAUCUGGAAUGUAGGUUGGAAAAGGCAGUGAAAGUGAGCAUCUAGACCUGAAAAUCUCACCUCUGUCAUUACAACAUGUUUGAGGCUCUCUGGCUUUUGUUCUCUACAUUUUAUAUCUAACUAUUGCUUCUUCUGCUCUUUAUUUAAGAUGGAGAAUUACAGGUCUUUUGUGCAUCCUUCACAUGCAUGAACCCUCUUGGGCUAUGGAGCUCUCUGUAGUUCAUUGUUGAUCACCUAGGUAUCCUGGAGAGAUGAACAGCUCUCUUUUUGUGACCUUCAAGUUCACAUCUUCACCAUGGUUCAUAAAUACUUCUCAGACACAUUUAUCAUCUAACUUAUUUGUGCAGUUUUGUAUGAGGAUCACUACAAUCACUGUUCCUCUUUAUAGAACCACCUGUAGAGCUUCAAAAUGUUGAGACCUGGGUGUCACCACCAGAGAUUCCAAUUUCAUGAUCUGGUGCAUGACUUGAGCAUGAAUUUUCAAGGCACCUUGGUUUAUGCUGAACAAUCUGUUGAAGCUGUUUCAGCAGCUUCACUGUAUGUGAUGACACUUUUCCCUUGCUGCUUUCAUGAUUCUCUCUGUGUCACUUUUAACAAUUCUAUUUGUCUUGGUGUAGUCUCUUUGGAUUUAUUCUCAUUGGAAAUCAUGCAGCCUCUUGAACAUGUAUUUCCACUUCCUUUAAAUUUGGAAGUUUCCAUUUCAGUCAUUAUUGCUUCAAACCGGCUCUCUGGCCCCCCUCUCUUUUCUGGUUGUGGAACUCCCAAAAUUACUCCACUGGUCUGCUUAGGGUAUCCCAUAAGUCUUUUGGUGCUCUGCUCUUCACUCGUUUCUUUUCUUCCUUUGAUUGGGUAGUUUCAGAUGAGUUCUACUGACAUUGACUGGUUCUUCCU